GUAAAUAUCUCUUAUCCCUUCCCUCCAACAGAAAGGCUUUGCCAGGAUACGAGAGAGAGAGAGAGAUGCAGUCCUCAAUUUGCUUGCCAAGUUCAGCAGCUACUCUGAAGCCCUUUCACAAUCCUUUUGGGGGAGAUUCUCUUUGUUCAAAACCAUGUUUGUUUAUCAGGAAAAGAGCUUCUUUUACUACCAAGGCACUUCUGUCAAGCACCAGAGAAUCAGUCCUGAAGGAUUUCCAUGAGAAAAAGGCUCUCAAGAUUAUAUCAGGUUUGAAGAAUUUUGACAGAGACAAUAUUGCUUCAGUUGUUACUGCUGCAGACAAGGGCGGGGCAACUCAUGUGGACAUUGCUUGUGACCCAGAAUUGGUUAAGCUGGCCGUUAGCUUAACUUCUCUUCCAAUAUGUGUUUCUUCUGUGGAUCCAUUGGCAUUUCCUGCUGCUAUUGAUGCAGGAGCAUUAAUGGUUGAAAUAGGAAAUUAUGAUUCAUUUUAUGAUGAGGGCAUGGUGUUCUCUCCAGAACAGAUUUUAAACCUGACAAAGAAAACGAAGAAGAUGAUUCCAUCGGUGACCCUGUCCGUCACAGUUCCUCACACCCUAAGCCUCCCUGAUCAGGUCAAGCUGGCAGAGAUAUUGGAACAGGAAGGUGUUGACAUCAUACAAACUGAAGGAGGAAAAUGUUCAAAACCUUCAAAAUCUGGCAUCCUUGGUUUGAUUGAGAAGGCAACACCAACAUUGGCAGCAGCAUAUUCUAUUUCGAGGGCUGUCAAGAUUCCAGUUCUUUGUUCAUCCGGACUAAGUUCAGUGACAGCACCGAUGGCCAUAACUGCCGGGGCAGCGGGUGUGGGUGUUGGCUCGGCUGUAAACAAGCUCAAUGACGUGGUUGCUAUGAUCGCAGAGGUCAGAAGUAUAGCUGAUUCACUAGCUUUGUUGGCUGAUAGGCGUAAUUCUUCUGAAGAGAGAACUUUGAAACACUAUAGUUCAUACUGAAGACCCAAAUGACAACAAACUGAUAUUGACUAGUAACUUGUACUGGUUUCCUUGGCAAGUGAUGUUAGGGUGUAGUUUGGUUCGCGGAGUUUUUCAAGAAUAAGAGUUUUUCUUUGGUCAAUUGCCAUUGAUUCUUAUGUGUUGGUUGUAGUUUGGUUCGCUUGUCAAUGGCCAUUGAUUCUCAUGUUUGAUUGUAGUUUGGUUCGCGGAGCUUUUCAAGAAUAAGAGUUUUUUGUUGUUGUUAAUUGCGAAUUGAUUCUUAUGUU